CCUGUUUGACGAAGGAAAUUAUCUCAAUUUUAUGGACAACAAUAAGUUACGAAUCUCUCCAGAUCGCACAAGAACAAUAUUUAGAAACUGUGCUAUCAAAAUCAUUUUAGUGGUACAACUGAAGCGGGAUUUUUUUCAAGUCAAACAUGGCCUAGCCUAUCCCUUUUCUUACUAGGAAAAACAGACGUCAUCCAGCAGAAGUGACGAAACCCUCGGCUAACGUAGCCUAUGCCCCAACCGUACCCUUGAUCAUACAUGCAUCUUCCAGGGUGGACCUCCUACUGAGACUUGGCCGUACCUUCGUCAUUGCAAAACAUUGCCAAGCCUAGUGAUAGCUAAAUUGUUACUAGUGGCAAGUAAAGAUUUUUUGAGCCAAAGAUAUGUCUAAACACUCGGGCACAGCAUCAGCUCGUUUACGGGCAGACUACCUUCGUAUCAAACGUGAUCCAGUGCCUUAUGUUAUAGCUGAACCUCUUGCUUCAAAUAUCUUAGAAUGGCACUAUGUUGUUAUUGGUCCUGAACAAAGUCCAUACGAAGGUGGCUAUUAUCAUGGGAAACUUGUCUUCCCUAUGGAAUAUCCAUUCCGACCACCUAGUAUCUAUAUGAUAACUCCAUCAGGACGUUUCAAGACCAACACAAGACUCUGCCUGUCAAUUUCAGACUUUCAUCCAGACACAUGGAAUCCUGCAUGGUCUGUGGCCACCAUUUUAACAGGACUCUUGUCUUUUAUGCUAGAGAAAUCACCAACUUUUGGAAGUAUAGAAACUAGUGACUAUGAAAAGAGGCAGUUAGCUCAGCAAAGUCUUAGCUAUAAUAUUAAGAAUAAAACCUUUUGUGAGUUAUUCCCAGAUACAACAGAGGAGAUCCAAAAUAAAAUAAUUCGUCGAGAACAAGAACUUGCAGAAAGAGCAAGAGCAGCUGAAGUAAGUUGUCAAAAUAGAAGAAAUUCAUCAAGUAACGAUAAUUUAAAUGGAAAUGGUGAAGCAAGCCAGAUGUCAGCCCUUACAAAUCUAUUGGUGGUCAUCGGCUUUGCAUUAUUUGCCUUGACUGUGAAAUAUGUUGUCUCUUCUUUGAGUGAAGACGAAGGAUAGAAUAUGUUAUGGUGAUAUUUAAAAGAGUUAUUUUGGUUACUCAUCCUGAUAGUGUUUUAUGAUUUAGAAUAAGAAAUAUAUCAUAUAGUAAAUGUGACUGGACUCUGAAAACUCUCUUUUGCCCUGGACUAACCAGUUACGUAGUUUUAAGAUAUUAUGGAAAUUAUUAACUAGGAAAUUUCACUUGCAAUAAUGGAAAACAAAAGUUCUCCUCAGAACACAUUAUAAAAGUACAGUAAUGGUUUUGUGAUGAUGUAUGUGAGACCUUGGUUUAUUGUGACAUAGGCUUUGGAAUUAUAGUCUGGUACUGUAUUUUAGAUUUGUAUUCUCUACAGAAAACCUAACAAGAUAGCCUGUGCAUUUGCAGAUUGUUGAUGGUGAUUUUUAUCAGGGUGCUUAUGUGUGAGAGGUUUAUAUUUUUUUUUUUUUUUUUUUGUGAAUUUGUUGUGUGAUUGAUAUGAAACAAUAGUUGGUAUGCUUCAAUUUAAAUAAUUAUUCUUAUAGAAACGUUAUUACACAACUGUCAAGGUAUUGUGACAACUUUUUUCCAUUAUAAAAUAUUAAAGUAUUUAUUUAUCAUUUGAAAUUUUGUGUAAGGAGAUGGUGUUUUACUCUUUGUUUGAAGAAAAUAAAAUGUCAGCAUUUUGUGCUAAUAAUAUAUGACUGGAACAUUUA